CGUCGGCUGCGGUUUUGUUUUGUUUGUUUUAUGUUUAUUUGUUUGGAUUUUAUUCAUUGUUGUGUUUCGGUAAAAGAUGUGUUAUUUUAUCCAUACUUGAUGAUAAUAUUGUGCAAUUUUUUUGAAGAAAUUCCCGCUUCGCGAGCUGCGCAAAUGCCCAAUCGUCUUCGGUCGUUUACUUAAGGUGUUCUGUGUUUUUUGGGAAAGAAAAAAUGCUACCUCACCGCGCCGACGACCCGGCAGGAAUUUAAUCUCGAGCCGGCUUUAAUGGAAACCACUCUUCAUUAAAGGCAUGCGGAGUCAUGGAAGGCGCUCGCAUCGUACCGAUCCUGGCCGUAUUGGCUACUUUUAUCCGCAUCACGGUAACAGAUAGGCACAUGGUAUCCGACCCGGAACCCAUAGCGCUCCCGUUGGGCUUCACCACGCUGAUGACCUGCGAAAUGGACAUCGAACCCGACAAAUUCGAAUGGAAAUUCUAUCCCACCGACGAUCCCUACGAUCCCGACGCCUUCGUCGACCUCAGCAGCCCCGCCUUCCGCAUGAUACCGCAGGGAUACACCAAACAACGCAAGAAAUCCCUCUUGACCCUUCAAGUGAACAGCACCCAAAACGCCGGCGACUACCAAUGCCUGGCCUACUACGGCGCCUACGUGGUGGCCUCGAUCCCGUGGCGUUUGACCAUCGCCAAGCUGGGCGAGUUUCCGCGCCAGGCGGGCGCCGAGGCGACGGUGGCGCCGGGCAACGCGGUGCUGUGGCGGUGUCCGGCGCCCGAAUCCAAUCCGGAGGCGUCGAUCGAGUACUACAAGGGCGGCGAGCUGGUGAACCAACGCGGCCAGACCAAGUCGCUGGUGUUGGGUAGAGUCGGAGUCGAGGAUACGGGGAUUUACACGUGCAGGGCCACCAAUACCAUCAAAACGGCGAAUUCCACGGCGUAUUUGCGGUUGAAGGUGGACCGGUACGCGCCCUAUUCGCAGCCGCGGUUCAUCGUCGAGCCGAAGAAGACUUAUACGGUGCUUAAAGGCGAUUCGGUGUCGCUGGAAUGCGCCGCCGUGGGCAACCCGGUGCCCGACGUGGUGUGGACGAAGGGCGACAGGCGACUGAUUCAUUCAUCGAACGGCACCCUCACCAUCCACUCGGCGUCGCGAUCCGACGAAGGCGAGUACGUUUGCACGCACACCAACUCGCUCGGGUCGAUCGCGCGCCGCCUGACGUUGGUCUAUCGCGAGGAGCCGACCAUCGAUUGUCCCGUCAACCGCACCGACCCCAAGCAGGGCGAGCCCAUGGACGUGCGGUGCACGGUCGGCGGCGCGCCGCCCCCUCGCCUGUCGUGGUUCCUCAACGGUUUCUCGGUGCUGAACGAUUCGCUGAUCGAGACCCGGGGCGGGCGCAUCGAUUUCGCCCGCAUCGAGAAACGGCACGCCGGCAAUCUGCAGCUGUUCGCCAGGAAUUCGGUGAGGACCGUCUACGCCGGCAUCUACGUCGGCGUCAUACCGUUGAGUUCGACCGAUUCGUCGGUGGCGCCCACUCGGCCGCACAAAAAGCAUUCGUCGAGACGUCCAGCGAAGCACAACAAGCCGCCGAAGCUGAUACCGCCCAGCAAGCCGGUGAUAUCGCGGCUGAACGACGAAUCGGUGGUGGUGCGUUGGAACGUGUCGCAGGACACCGGGCUGCCGAUAUCGUUCUUCAAGGUGCAGUACAAGGAGCUGGGGCCGGCGAAUCCGGCGUCGCACAACGGCAGCGGCGGCGGCGGCCGGUCGAGCCGCUGGAAGACGGCGAAUUUCGACAUACCGCCGAGCAUCAGGGACUACGAUAUAACCAAUCUAAAGCCGGACCACGUGUACCGGUUCCGCAUAGCCGCCGUGUACAGUAACAACGACAACAAAUUGAGCCCGAAUUCGGAGAAGUUCCAUUUGAAGAAGCUGGACUUCGACGUGAGGAAUCCCCUGCCGACGCCGAUCGUCACGCGCACCGAAACCAUCAACACCACCGUCGUUAAAAUCUACUGGACGUGUCCGAGCAGCGAGAAUAUACCGAUCGACGGUUACUACGUGAGCUUCAUGUCCGCUUCGACGGCGGGCGAUUACAUGAAAGCCACGGCCGACGGGAAGCACACCAAAGAGUACGUGAUCACCCACUUGCAGCCGGACACCAUCUACGACGUGAAAUUGCAGAGUUUCAAUUCGAAGUACGCCAGCGAGUUCAGCGCCAUCAUGAAAGCCCGAACCGAAGCUCUUCAACAAGCGCCUUUACCCACGACUAUAACUCCGAUAGUGCCGACUCCUAGGGGAGAAAAAUCCGAAUUUAGCCUGUACGUUAUCGUGGCCGGUGCUGUGAUUGGAUGUGCCUUAUUAAUUUGCGCUGUAACGCUUGUAUUCGUCUGCAGGAAGUGGCAGCAAAAGAAAUCUGUGGAUAAUCGCGACAAAGCGAUCGUGGACGAUCACACGUUGCAGCUGGACGGCAACGAAUAUGUCGUAGUCGGUACGAAAUCGAACGGUUGUACGCCCAAUAGGAUAACGAUAACAGCGAAUCCGCUCGCCGAUGCGGACAACAAGAAUCAAAACAUGAUAGAGAUGUCUUGUUUGUCGGCGCACGCGCAGAAUAACAACUGCGCCAACGCCGUGCGGCAGGAGUCGACGUCGGGCGGCGGCGGCGACGGCGGCGUCGCGGCGCCGCUCCAUUCGCCUGUCAACUCGAAAGACGCCAGCAAAAAGAAGAAGAACAGGGAGAGGGAAAGGGAAAGGGAGAAGGCCGGUUCGAGGCAUAAGAAGGCCUGGCCGGAGAAUUCUUCGUCCGGGGAAAAUUACGUUUAAUCGACUGUUUUGUUUUUUAUUCUUCAUUCGCUGCGGUUAUUGUGAUUCUAUACAGUGAUUUUUAUUGUUAUUAUUCUCGGUGGUUGAUCUGCUAUAAGCAUCUUUAUACACGAAAUGCAACGAACAAUACACCAUUUUAUCUACAGUAUCUACAUACUCGAUUACUUUUGAACUCGCUAGUAUAAUAUUUUAGUUUCUUAGUUGAGCGCAAAUCUCAAUGUUGAUUGUAGCUGUAGAUAAAAUAGGUAACGGAUUUAAAUAAUGUACUAUUUCUAUUAGUACUAAUCUAUAAUUUUUAACUUUUUUCUAUAUUUAAAAUAAUUCACAAUCGUGCCUACGUAGUUUUUCGAGCGAGUAGUGAUAUUUUUCGAGUUGUCAAAGGCUGAUGCGUUUUAAAAACGUUUAUUUUUUUUGUAUAUUUAAAAAAAGAUGUAAAUAUUUAUUGCUAAAGAGUGGAUUUCCAACGAUUAUCUGCAAGAUACUCUCUUAACUGUCGGAUAUAUAGAAUCUCCCCAAGUACCUGACGGGUACGUUUAUACGUUGGUAAAUUCACCUUUAAUUAACUGUAAAUAUUUUUAGAAUUUUUUAGAGUGAAUGAUGUGUCAAAAUAAUUAUUAGGGAUGAUCUGAAACCGAUUUAUUUUUCGAUCUCCCGAUCGAAUUAAUGUCCCCGUUUUAACAUUAAAGACUAAAAAAAAUUGCCACUAGCAAUAAUUUUAAUUAUUUAUUCAACUAGCAGUAUUAACUUAUUAUAUUAAGUAUCUACGGCAGUUAUUUUAUUCCUUAGUAGAACGUAGGUAAAAUAUUUUUGUAAUUUUAUUGAUAUAGAAUGUUGUGAAUGUACUUAAAAAAAACGAAUUUGUUAAUGAUAUAAAAGUAGGAUUUUUUGACAGGUAUCACGGCAGUAUUUCCAGAUGGAUGGUAAAAAAAUUUAUUUGGAAUUCUACAAUAUUGUAAUUAUACCGAUAAAAUAAAAUAUUGCUUCAAUAUUCAUAAAUUAUAAGUUAAAUAAGUGUGAUAUUUUUUAGGUAAAUACUUAACUACUGGUUAUACAGUCUAUGUACAAGUCUAUUAUACUUAUAUGUAUUUUGAAUUUGUGUUAAAAAAAUAUUCAACUGACAAUAGUAUAACAAUGAUUUUUUUAUAGCAUAUUUCUCAAUUUUCAACAAUUUCUUAAAGUUUUUCAAACUUAAAAUAUCUUCAAAUUGUAUACAGUGUAGAAAAUCUAAAAAAUCGAAAGUACUUUAUAUUCUAAUACUACUUGAAUUAGAUAUGUUUCUUUUAAAUCAAUAGAUUAAAAAAAAAUUAGGUAAAUAUAAUAAUAAUAAAUGAGAAAAAGACGAUAUAAUGUUUCGAAAAAAGUACUUUCCAAUUUGAAAAUUCCCUUUAUAUUUUAAUAGGCACUUUGAAUAAUUGUCACCGAAUAAAACUCAUGACUUACCGUUAUUACUGUUCUUAGUGAUGAGUAACAAAGGGCUAGAAGACCUAUUUGAUUUCUUAGUAACGGUCUGCGGUAUGACCGUCAACGAUUUUGGUAUCUUCGGAAGCGGCAGGGCCUUCUCGCCCAACUUGGUCCCCAAACUCUCCACCUGCUUGUCCAACUUCUCCAAUAUAUUCUCCCCCUCGGACAUCCCAUCGCCCAACGACAUCGGCUCGCUUUUGACCGCAGCCGCGCCCUGGCCGAUCUCCAAACCCCUCGCGUUGAUCGACUUCAGCACCGACACCGAAUUCUGCGACACGAGCACCGACUUCGACGCUUGCGCCUCCUUGUCGCGCUUCUGCUUCAUCUCGAAGCUCCGCUUUAUCGCGCACAUCUUCUUGUAGUCCUCCAGCGUUAUGUGAUAGGGCUUC